ACACACACACACACACACAUUCUGGAGGGUUCAUAUGAGACUGCCCACAUUAUGCUCAAAGCCAAACCGGCUCCUGAUCUGCUGCCUCUGGCUGCAGUCGGUUGGAAAUGCUGGGAGCCUUGCUGUGGAUUAUAAUCUCAGCUCAAAGGAAGUUUGGAGCGUAAUUUGCCAUUUGUAAUGGAGAACAUUGCAUGAUGAGAUCUGCUGGAGGGGAGGAGCCACAGGUCUGAUCUGAAGCUGAGGGGGCCGAGAGUUUAAAUGGCCGGAGACAGAAAAUGGGUUUGUGUCGUUCCUGUGGAGCCGAGGUGAAGAGAUGCAGAACGAGCAGCGAGCUGGCAGAGGGACGCUCUGCUUUCUCACCCAAGGAGCCCCAAACGCAACAAGAUUAUGAAGAUUUGACAUCUCUGCUGGGAAGCAAAACACUGUGGCUACAUAUUGAAAGCCAGGAUUAGUCGCCUUUUCAUUUCAUCCCUCUGGCCAGGACCAUGAGGCUGGAGCGCGGCCGGCGAGCUUCCCUGGCAAUCACUCUCAGCUUUGUGGCUUUGGCUUUCGCCGUGUCAGCGGUGACCACCAGCUACUGGUGCGAGGGGACCAGGAAGGUGGCCAAGCCCUUCUGCUCCGGGCCGCCGGUCAAGAUGAAGCAGAUGUACUGCAUCCGCUUCAACAGCUCCAACCUCAACGACAGCCGGCAGGUGCAGUACAUCUUCGAGACGGGAGAGGAGAAGUUCAUCCUCAGGAAGUUCCACACCGGGAUAUUUUACUCCUGUGAGCAGGCUGCAGAUAUGAACGGAUUUGAUUGUCGAAGUUUUGCAGAGAUUGCACCUGAACAUCAAAGAGGCGUGCUGUGGCUGUGUGUGGUUGCAGAGAGCCUGUACCUGGCUCUGCUCUUCGUGGGUGGGGUUCUGAUGGUUCUGGAGCAGAGCCGCUGCUUCAGCGUCAUGAACAAGCUGAAACUCAGUGCCUUCGCCGCCAUGUGCACCGCCCUCUCAGGCCUUUGUGGGAUGGUCGCCCACAUGAUGUUCACCACCAUAUUCCAUCUUUCCGUCUCUAUGGGACCUGAAGACUGGAGGCCAAAAACUUGGGACUACAGCUGGUCUUACGCCUUAGCCUGGUGCUCGUUUGGCACCUGCAUGGGCUCUGCAGUCACAACCCUGAACAGAUACACCAAGACCAUCAUAGAGUUUAAAUACAAGCGGCACAACAUCGAGAAGAACCUGCUGAUCAAGCAGAAGAUGAUGGAGCUGGGUCUGCCUGAGCAGGUGUGGAACAUGUACCUGACUGCAGCUCCAGCCGACCCGGAGGUUCUGCCAGAACCGCUGGUAAACGGCCACAAGCCUUCCACCGGAGCGCCGUACGUGUUUGAGGAGGUGGAGCAUCCGCUGGAGCAGCAGGUGGAGGCGUACUGCUGAAGGAGGAGAAUACUUAGGAGGAGAAUACUCCCAGCUUCACAUCCGAUCUGCAUCUGCAGAGUUAAAACCAUGUUUAUAUUCUGGGACCAAGGCAACACCCUCCUGCUUUGACCUGAGCUGAAUCUGCCUUCUUGCAUCCAAGAUGCAUUAAACUGGAAUGAGUGAGAGAAGCACAGAGCGGAGCAGUGAUCCUGGAAGAGAAGCGCCUGUCCGGAGUGAAAGCUGGAAGCAGGAAUCAGUCACUAACUCUGGAUCAACCUGUCAGUUCCUGGACAGAGACAAAGCUGCAGGAACUGAGCCGCUUCUGCUUGGUUCCUGCUGCUGUUCUAAUUCACACUUGAAGAUGUGAAUAAAAGAAAAGUGUAAGAUGUGAGUGAUGGAUUUUUAUAACACCAAACAUCCCCGAGCUUCUCAGAGUUCCUCCGCAGAGUGGAAAAGGAUUUCACCAAUUUCACCAAUUUAGGUUCGGAGAAACGUUGGGUUAUAAAAACAGCUGCAUAAAAAAAAUCUGUUCAGUCAGAAACAGUUUUAUAAGAAUCAACAGCAGCUGGUUGAUCUGAAUCAGAGACACAUAAACAAACUGAAGUGAAUUUUAAACCUCAGUUGUUCCUGAACAACAAGGCUGAGUCUCUGAUGGAUGGAUCUUCUUCCACAUCUUACGGUUUCAGGAUGAGGUGAUGCCCUUUGACCUGGAGCAUCGAGUCAAAGGGCAUCAGGCUCUUUGAUGCUCCGGCUGUCAGUCCAAUGACAAACAGAAGCUACUGGCUUCAUUCAGUCUGGAUUACCAAUCUGGAUUACUAGUCAGCCUUUAACUAGUCAAGUUAAAAGACAUUCAGCACCAAAGAUUUACAUCAAUAAUGUGCAAACGUUUCAGUGUGAGGGCCAAAGCAAUACUUUGAGCACCCCUGAUUUAGAUGAAUGUAUGUUUUAUUUGGAUUAUAGAAAAUCCUCAAUAAAUUGAAACGAGAGAGAAGAGGCCACCUUUGCUUUUGGUAAGCAGACGUGAAUAAAGCAGAACUGCUUUAUUCACGAGUUUAAGCUCUUCAACCAGCUGAAAAAGCAGCAGAGAAAAUCCAAUUGCAGUGUGUUAACAGCAGCCGAUCUGUGACCGUUUGGUUCCUCUUUUCAUCUGUUUCUGAUGGAGCAGCUGCUGCCCGGCACAUUUAAUCCCACUGGAUGGAAACAAUCCAGGUUACAGUACGCCUGCUGAUCUUCGGUUAUCAGCCAUGACACGAUUCCACGCUGAUCAACUCACAUAAUACUGUUUUCAUUAUGCUUGGGAAGCACGAAGAGGGACAAAUAUAUGAAAUGUUAAAUCAGACUCACGUUUUUUAUAAAUAUAUUAUUUAAAUGAUGAAGCAUCAAG